AUUCGAUUUCUUACUCUGUUGUCUGUGUUUGAAGAAUUUCGUAAAGUUAGUGCGAGUGAAAAACAAAUUCUCGAGCGAGAAAUGUAACACCAGCGACGUGGCCGCUUCUGAUUUUGUGGCUGGGACUCUCUGAGUCGCCUUCUUUUCUUAUUCUUGAAUGAUGUUGUGAGGUUAGGAUCGUCCUGUGGGAUCUCCAAACAUUUAAUUUCCUUUUGUUAAAAUGGCUAAUCGCACUGUCAAAGACGCCAAAUCGGUGCGAGGAACGAACCCUCAGUACAUUGUGGAGAAGAUCAUACGUUCUCGUAUCUAUGACAGCAAGUAUUGGAAGGAAGAAUGCUUUGCGUUGACUGCAGAAUUGUUGGUGGACAAAGCCAUGGAACUUCGGUUCAUUGGCGGAGUGUUUGGUGGAAAUAUUAAGCCCACACCAUUCCUUUGCCUCAUCUUAAAGAUGCUCCAAAUUCAACCCGAAAAAGACAUUAUUGUUGAAUUUAUAAAAAAUGAAGAAUUUAAGUAUGUUCGAGCACUUGGUGCCACAUACAUGAGAUUAGUUGGCACUUCAAUAGACUGCUAUAAAUAUUUGGAGCCCCUUCUCAAUGAUGGUCGCAAGUUACGUCAGCAGAACAGAGAUGGUGCAUACAUUCUCACGUACAUGGACGAGUUUAUUGACAGCUUGCUAAGAGAUGAGCGAGUUGUUGAUGUAAUUUUACCUCGCAUCCAGAAAAGGUACGUUUUAGAAGAAAACAAUGAGCUGGAGCCCAAAGUAUCUGCUCUGGAAGACGAUCUUGAUGACAACAUGGAGUCUUCUGGUGAUGAAGAGGAAGUUAUGGAUGUUCAACCUCCAGCCAAAGUGGAGAAAAGUAGACGUGCAUCUCCAUCCGCAGACAAGGACAGAGCAAAGGAUAGAGACCGCCGUCAUCGCAGCAGGGAACGGGAUAGAGACCGAGACAGAGAUAGAAGACUUGAAGACAAGAAGCAUCGCAGUCGCAGUAGAGAAAGAGAAAGAGAUCGAGGCCGUGACUAUGAUAGAGACAGAAGACAUCGCUCAAAGGACAGAGAUCGUGACCGUGGUCAUCGCAUAGAAAAAGAUGAUCGAAGGCACAAGGAAAAGGAUAGAGUUCAUGAAAAAGAGAGGGACCGCGACCGAGGCAGAGAUCGGGAAAGAGAGAGAGACAAAGAUCGUGGCAGAGACCGUGACAGAGACCGAAAUCGUGAUAGAGAUCGUGCCAGAUAUUAAUAAUUUCAACUUGCCCCAACUUCACUUAUUUAAUCAGUGAUGGAUUUGUGUUACAAUUUUAAUGAUUGUGCAUUUUCAUUGUACUAUAUGUAAUAGGUACUUGGCAGUACAAAUAUUUUAUUUUCAUGUUAAUUGCAUUAAAUGAAAAGUACAUUCAGUCCUCAUUUGUAUUCCAACACUGUAAGCAAAAGAUGACAUUCUCAUGGUAUAUGCCUCUUUGUACAUUUUUUACAUUUGAUUUGAGACUACUUUCACAAAGCAUUGUACUUGUGGGUAUCCAAGCAGUGAUGGUUGUACAGGUUGGUGAAUAAAUUUAGCAACAACUGA